CAUCUGGACUUCAUCGCCUUGUCACUGAAAAAGACUGGACAGCGGUAUUGACACUGGGAUGGCAGAGGUGCCAGCAAUGGACACCAUACCUGUUUCCACUCAAAGUGGGAAGUUUUCCGUCUCACCAAAUGUUGGUGAGAAAGAGUCAAAAUACAGUUACAGCGUGGACGAUAAGUACUUCUACAACUGCGAUGUCAACAGCAUGGCUUCCACGAGAUCAGAGGUCUUCUCAGGGUACAAUACUUUGGAUGCCCCGCCAAACUAUGACUUUUAUACAAAAACAGAGGUGUACGGGAGAUCCCGCAAAACAAGACCUUCCCUCUUCCAGUUACAUUCCAUCAUUCAGGAAGAGGGAUCGCCACCCCCCCUGUAUGAAGAGACUGAUGGAGUGGGCCACGGAAACAGCUCAGAUGAAGAGGGAGAGAGUCAGCCUCCCAUAGAGCCAACGCGGUUUGGAUGGGUGCAGGGCGUCAUGGUUCGGUGCAUGCUAAACAUCUGGGGCGUGAUCCUCUACCUGCGCCUGCCCUGGAUUACAGCGCAGGCUGGAAUCGGCCUCGCCUGGAUCAUCAUCCUGCUCUCUUCCUGCAUCACCGGCAUCACGGGCUUGUCCACUUCCGCCAUCGCCACGAACGGCAAGGUCAAAGGAGGAGGCACCUACUUCCUGAUCUCCCGCAGUCUGGGACCCGAGCUGGGCGGCUCCAUUGGCCUCAUCUUCGCCUUCGCCAACGCUGUGGCGGUCGCCAUGCACACUGUGGGUUUCGCCGAGACUGUGCAGGCACUUAUGCAGGAGAAUAACGCCAUGAUGGUAGAUCGCCUUAAUGACAUCCGCAUCAUCGGGGUGAUCACCGUCUCCUGCUUGCUGCUCAUCUCCCUGGCUGGGAUGGAGUGGGAGUCCAAGGCCCAGGUUCUCUUUUUCCUGGUCAUCAUGGUCUCCUUUGCCAGCUACAUCGUGGGCACCAUCAUGCCAGCCACACCUCAGAAGCAGGCAAAAGGCUUCUUCAGCUAUAAAGCUGGCAUUUUUGCGGCAAACUUUGUCCCAAGCUGGCGAGGUCCAGAGGGCAGCUUUUUCGGCAUGUUCUCCAUCUUCUUCCCCUCGGCCACGGGUAUCCUUGCUGGAGCCAACAUCUCAGGUGACCUCAAGGACCCCGCAGUUGCCAUUCCUAGGGGGACACUGCUGUCCAUCUUCUGGACUACACUGUCGUACCUCAUCAUCUCCGCCACCAUCGCAUCAUGUGUAGUCCGCGAUGCAUCAGGGGAUCUCAAUGGCACUAUAUACAUGAGCAACUCAACAGACUGCGUGGGACUGGCGUGCCAGUAUGGCUGGGAUUUCAGCGAAUGCAUCAACAACAAGACCUGCACCUAUGGCAUCAGUAACUACUACCAGAGUAUGAGCAUGGUGUCUGCCUUCGGGCCCCUCAUCACUGCUGGCAUCUUUGGAGCCACGCUCUCCUCAGCCUUGGCCUGCCUUGUCUCCGCACCCAAAGUCUUUCAGUGCCUAUGCAAAGACAGACUGUAUCCAGCAAUCGGCUUCUUCGGGAAAGGUUAUGGGAAGAAUGAUGAGCCAAUCAGAGGCUACCUACUCGCCUACAUCAUCGCCGUCUGCUUCAUUCUCAUUGCCGAGCUGAACACCAUUGCUCCCAUCAUCUCCAACUUCUUCCUCUGCUCCUACGCCCUCAUCAACUUCAGUUGUUUCCACGCCUCCAUCACUAACUCCCCUGGGUGGCGCCCAUCCUUCCGCUUCUACAGCAAGUGGCUGUCGCUGCUGGGCGCCAUAGUCUCGGUGGUCAUCAUGUUCCUGCUGACCUGGUGGGCGGCCCUCAUAGCUAUCGGCAUCAUUAUCUUCCUGCUAGCCUACGUGCUGUACAAGAAGCCAGGUGUAAACUGGGGAUCCUCAGUUCAGGCCAGUUCCUACAACAUGGCCCUAUCCUACUCUGUGGGCCUCAACAACAUUGAAGACCACAUCAAGAACUACAGGCCGCAGUGUCUGGUGCUCAGCGGCCCCCCCAGUUUCCGGCCAGCCGUGGUGGACUUCGUCAGCACCUUCACGAAGAACCUAAGCAUGAUGAUGUGCGGGAACGUGGUCACGGACAGCCCCUCCUCUGAGUCCACUGAAGCAGCACACAGUAACAGUCAUGUCACAUGGCUAAACAAGCGGCAAGUUAGGUCUUUCUACCGUGGUGUGGUUGCGGUUGACCUGCGCUCUGGGGUGCAGAUGCUGCUUCAGGCAUCUGGGUUAGGUCGCAUGAAGCCCAACGUGCUGGUGCUGGGGUACAAGAAGAACUGGCGCAAGGAUAAGCCAUGCUGCAUGGACAACUACAUCGGGGUCAUACAUGACGCCUUUGACCUGCAGUAUGGCGUCGGUGUGUUGCGCAUGAAGGAAGGUCUGGACAUGUCCCACAACAUGCAGGCCCACGUGAACCCCGGGUUCGAGGCGUCCACUGAGCAGGCUCACAGCAAUGGCGGAACGCUGACCAUCCCUACAGAGAGCACAUUGGACCCGGACGCCCUAGUCGCUGAGCUCCAGCCCCGCACUGUGUUCCAGUCCAAGCAAGGAAAGAAGACCAUUGAUGUGUACUGGCUCUCCGAUGACGGAGGCCUGACGCUGCUCAUCCCGUAUCUGCUGACCCGCAAGAAGCGCUGGGCGAGAUGUAAGGUGCGCAUCUUCGUGGGGGGAGAUGUCCAGCAGGUGGAGGAGCAGAGGAAAGAAAUCAUGGCCCUCAUCACCAAGUUCCGUCUCCGUUUCCAUGAUGUUGUGGUGCUUCCUGACAUUAAUGAGAGACCGCGACCUGAAAACGUGAAGAGAUUUGAGGACCUACUUCAGCCCUACAAGGUGAAAAACAUGCAUAAGGAUGGGCAGUCAGGCAUCCCUGUGACUGAGAGCUGUCCAUGGAUGGUAUCUGACGAGGACCUGGAGAGAAACAAAGCUAAGUCUCUUCGACAGAUUCGUCUGAAUGAAAUUUUGCAGGAUUACUCCAGAGAUGCAGCCCUGAUUAUCGUGACCAUGCCCGUAGGCAGAAGAGGUGCCUGUCCAAGUGCCCUCUACAUGGCCUGGCUGGAGACCCUGUCAUGUGACCUGCGACCACCGGUCUUCCUCGUCAGGGGCAACCAACAGAAUGUGCUCACCUUCUACUGCCAGUAGUCGGCCGCUGUCUCUCCAGCACCACUUAGUCUUUGCAGUUGCAGUAGUGUAGAAUUCUUUUUAGGAUCUUCUUUAAGGAGCUAGUCUGAGAAUGUUUAGCACUUUGGCGUUGUGGGAAAUGAUCUGAUGUGCUAUAUGGCCAAAAUAUGUGGACGGCCCUAUUAAUUAGGUGAAUUGCCUAAAUAGGUCACAGCCACUGCUGACUUGGGGGUAUGAUUAAGCACACAGUAAUGCAAACUCCUGCAACAGACAUUAGCAGCAGAAUGUGUGGCUGUGCAGAAGAGCUUAGUGACUUUGCCCACGACACCAUCACAGGACACCGUCUUUCCAAAACAGUCCGUUCACCACAUUUCUGCCUUGCUAGAGUGAAGUGAAGUGGCUGUGAAGGUGAAAACAUCAGGGAGCAAGUUCAGUUGAAAGGUGGGAAGCCUCACGAGCUGACAGAAAAAAAGGGUCCUGAUCACCCAACAUCAAUGCCCAGUCUGAUGGGCAGCAAAUCCCACCAGCAAUGUUCCACCAUCUAACGGCAAGCCCUCCCGAACCGUAGAGGCCGUUAUAGCAACACUGGGCCAACCGAACUCAUCUUAGUACCUUUGGUUUCGGAAUGAGUGGGCAGACGAGCUCCUGUUCAUAUACUUUUGGCCAUAGAGUGUAUCACACUGCGAGCCCAACUGAAGCACAGUAAUGAUAAUUAUAAAUUAUUAUUAUUUUGAGUCAAAUUGUCUUACAUUGUUAGUUUUUGUAAAUGUCAUUAUUCUGCUUCUUACCCACAAUUUAAUUCUGCACUUUGAAGCAGUAACUAGUUUUCCUCAAACUCUGCAAAUAGGAAUUUAUAAAACUUCAGCAUUGUUUCAUUGUGGCUAAAUGUUUUAUUGCGUCUGAUGUGAAUGUCAUUCCCGGUUGAUUAUUAUAAAUUACAACCAGCACUAACCAGGGGGGCUGUCCACAAAGCAGGAUUUCUCAGUUAGCCUCGUUAGCUUAAUCUAGAAGUCAUGACUGUCCAAUAGAAAUGCUCCUUACUUAAACUCUUAUUGGACAAUCAUGACUUCUAGUUUAAGUUAAAUGAGGAAUCUUGCUUUGUGGAAAACCCGCCAGAUUUGUGAUCUGGGCCUUGGAAACUGUGUUCUUAAGAAUCUUGUUCAAAUCAAAGCUACCCCUAUAAUCAUUUUGAUAUACACAUUCCAAUUGCAUUCAAUGGCAUUUUAGGUUCUAUAAAUUAACUUGUGAAUGAGAAGUUGUAUUAAUGCUACUGCUCUAAUGAAAUAUUCAUUUAUUUAUUUUGCAUAGUGGCUGGUAGGUAGCUGUUCUGUCAACUUGAUGUUAUUCAAACUGCCUCUAUGUUGAGGUAUUAUAACUCUGUUUGCUGUGGCUUGGUAGCUCAUUGGGUAAUACUGUAGUUUUUUUUUUUACCAUUAGGGCUGUGGGUUUGAAUCCAGUCCCAGUUCUGUGCAUGUGAAGUUCGGGUGGGUUUCCUCUGGUGAUUUCAGAACAUGCAGUUUUACUUGCAUUGGUAUCUCAAUGCUGCCCUGAGUAUAAGACAACCUUGCGAUGGACUGGAAUCACAUCUAGGGAAACACCUCCUCUUACGCAUUCAGGGAAACCAAGUGAUUCGAUUUAUUAAUGUUAAUAAUCCAUUAUGGCAGUUAAAUGUUUAUAGUUGCUUAAUAAAACAAGGGCUGUUAGCGUGUCUGAACAAA